AUGUCCUUCUCGGAGACGGGCCGCUUUGAAGGAAGAACAGAAUGCAACGGCCCCUGUCUUGCUGAAGUUAAUGGCACGAAUGGACCGAAAGACCUCUCCUCCCCGUCUCCGUCUCUCUCGCCUUCCACAUGCGUCUUCGCUCGAGGAAGUGGUGAUGAGGAGGACGAUGAAGAUGCUAGAUUAGGUGAGUUCGAUCCACUGGGCUCAGAUGAUUACAUAAUCAGGAAUGAAGACUUUAUGGACCUUGAAGAACCACAUGAAUCGGCAGAAACCAUGGAAAACUUAUAUUCCGAAAGCGGACUUAAAGGAGAGGACUCAGGCAAUAGAGUUUUUGAUGGCAGCCUGGAUGCUAUGAUGCAGACAAUCGAUAUAACCACAUUCCUGCCUGGCGCCUUGUCCAGAUCGGAUGCUGCUGAGCUGUUGCUCCCACAACAACAGCAAAUAGGGGAUCCACUUGCUGCAAAGACCCCGCCUGUCUAUAACAAGCAACUGUCCAUGGAUCUGAACGAAAUCCUGUCCCAGGUCGGUGAUCGGGAUCUACUAGCACCAGACUUCAUUGAAUCGCUCAACAUGCCUGGAGCACUAUCUCCUGAUCUUGAGUGUCUGGACACAGAAAGUCUGCUAAAAGUAUAG